AUGCCUCUUGUCGUCCCUGGAAUCAACUCGGACAUGGGUUCUGAUAAGGGCGAAUGGCUGAACAAGCUCGCCGGCAAGAAAAUCAGUGACUCUACCAGCGAUGUGAAUACUUUUGCGAAGAAGGAUCUACCCGAGCACCAUCGAGUUCUUCGUCCCGGUGACGCGAUGACUAUGGAUCAUAGACCGGACAGACUCAACAUCCACCUCGACGAGCAGGAUCAAGUCAAGGAUGUCAACUUUGGUUGA